CCUUCGACGGCGCUCAUAUUUCCCAGCCUCCCGCUCCCCGUCUGCCUCCAACGAAGCACCGCCCAAAUCCCUCGUCGCGCAUCGAAUUCUCGCUUGAAUUCGCGUUCCGGAGCUCGAAUUCGGCAUCUACUCUAAGUUCUUUUUGCUGCGCUGCGAAAGAGGAGUUGAUGUCUAGCUUUCGAUCGGUUUUCUCCGGCGAAGGAGCUUGAUCCCUGGUAUCUUUGAUCUUUGAGUAGUUUCUUUGGUUUUGGGGGUGCUUCGCUGGAGGAAUACCUUUGUGGGAGAGUUUUUCCAUGGAGUUCGAUCCUUCGGAUAGCAGUGGUACGGAUGAUGAUCUCCCACCAUCCCAUCAGAACAGAGGCAUACGAGGAGGACGUGUUGCUGUGAAUGGAAGAGCUGUUGGGUCAUUUCCUAGGGCUCAAAAUGAUAUGGAGGCUCAAAUACAUCGCCUUGAGCAAGAGGCAUACAGUUCAGUCCUUCGUGCAUUUAAGGCUCAAUCUGAUGCCAUUACUUGGGAGAAGGAAAGCCUUAUUACUGAACUUAGGAAAGAGUUGAGAGUAUCCGAUGAGGAACACAGAGAACUACUAAGUAGGGUUAAUGCAGAUGACAUCAUCCGUAGAAUAAGGGAAUGGAGGCAAGCUGGGGGUGCAUUCCAAUCUGGCUUGCUGAAUAAUGCUCAACCUAUGCAUGAUGCAGUUCCUAGUCCAACUGUAUCUGCUUCUCGCAAGAGGCAAAAGACAUCUCAGGCGUUGCCUUCUUCAUCAUUGGGUGCACCAUCAUCUGCAUUGAAUUCACAGCAAGUUGCUGCUUCCAUGCAGCCAUCUGCUGCUAAGCGGACACCUGCAGCAGGAUCCAAGAGCAAGAAUCCUAAAUCAGGUCAGACAUUGCCCAGUGCACCAUCAGCAAAGCCCAUGCAGUACCCUUCUACUGGUCCAAAUGGAAGAGGGCAACCUUCUGAAGCCUCAACUUUUGAUCCGCUGAUUGGGCGGAAAGUUUUGACAAGGUGGCCUGAGGACAAUAACUUCUAUGAAGCUGUAAUAACUGACUACAAUCCCCGUGAGGGAUUGCAUGCUCUGGUUUAUGAUAUAAAUACGAAGAACGAAACAUGGGAAUGGGUCAAUCUAAGUGAGAUUUCCCCAGAAGAUAUUCAGUGGGAAGGGGAAGAUCCAGGAAUCUUGCAUCGGGCUGGUCAUGGUGGAUCUGGCCGUGGAAAUAAGAAGUCUACCGGUCCUAGUGGAACCAUUCCUGCUGCAGGCAGGGGAAGAGGGGCCUUGAAGAACAAUACCAAGAACAAUUUCCCCCCAUCACAAAAUGGGAUUGGGAAAAAAGGGUCCGACGAUAUGGAGAUAUAUCACACGGACUCUGUCAUCAAGGAGGUGGAGAAGAUAUUUAGCGCUAUCCAUCCUGAUCCUCUAGAGAUGGAAAAGGCGAAAAAGUUGCUUAAAGAUCAUGAGCAAUCACUGAUUGAUGUACUCUCAAGGCUAGCUGAUGCAUCCGACGGUGAAAGCGAAGAGGGAGAACAGUUCUCCCAUGGUCAGUUGAUGGACCAAGAUCAGCAAUGGAAGAACCGGCAAUAUGGCAGCGCGAAUCAGCAUGGCACAAACUAUGUUGAUGGUGUGAUUGGGCGAGGCCGGGAAGAAGGGUCGGACGGUGAUCCGAUGGACUAUCGCCAAACUCAAGAAUUUGAUAUUUAAUCUCAUUCUGGCUCCUCCAGUAACAAUAAGCUCGCUGUGGCUUUGUAAUUCUUGCUAAUAUAACUUUCUUUUUCUUUUUUCGGUCUUCAGCCAAUAGUUCUCUGUACUCAUAUAUAACUGAUUCAAACUGACUUCUUGAUAUUUCUGUUCA